AUGGGUUUGUUUCGAUCAAACGAAUCUGUGGAGAGCUGGGCUAUCUGGAUCGAUUUUUUCCUCUUGGUGAUCGGCGUGCCGCUGGUGUCGCACUUCGUCUUCUCCUGCUCCAGUUGCGAUGCGGAGCACCAGCGGCCGUACGACGCCAUCAUCCAGCUCUCUCUUUCCUCUGUCUCUGCGCUGUCGUUUUACAGCCUUUCUUCUUUCACCCACAAGUACGGACUCAGGAGAUUUCUCUUCUUCGAUAAAUUGACGGAUGCCAGUGAGAAGGUCAGGCAAGGGUAUACGAUGCAGGUUCAGAGGUCAAUGAAGCUACUCUCAGCCUUUGUGUUUCCCUGCUUUGCUGCAAACGCAACGUACAAGGUCUGGUGGUUCAUAUCCGGCGGCACCUCUACACCUUACUUUGCCAAUGUCUAUGCUAGUGAUGUGAUUGCCUGCACCCUCCAACUUUGCUCAUGGCUCUACCGCACUUCGAUAUUUUUCUUGGUGUGUGUCCUCUUUCGUCUGAUUUGCUACCUCCAAAUCUUACGGUUGGAGGACUUUGCUAAAGUCUUUGAGAAGGAGUCUGAUGUGGGUUCCAUCCUUGCCGAACACCUUAGCAUCAGGCGGAACCUCCGCAUUAUCAGCCAUAGAUUUCGAGUGUUUGUUCUGUUAGCUCUGGUGUUUGUCACCAUUAGCCAGCUCUCUUCCCUUGUUGUCACCACCAAGUCUAAUUCCAUUGUUAAUCUCUCCACUGCUGGCGAGCUCGCGCUUUGCUCCGUGACGCUGGUGACGGGACUGUUUAUUUGCCUUCGGAGCGCCACGAAGAUAACCCACAAGGCACAGGCAGUCACGUGCCUGGCGGCGAAGUGGCACGCGUGCGCCACCAUGGAUUCCUUCGGCGACUUCGACGGCGAAAGUCCGCGGCACACCUCCGGUGACUCCCGCAUAUUUUCCGUCGGCAGUGGCCAAUCGGAUACCGACCACGAAGAAGGUGACGGCGACGAUGAGCUCGACAACACCAAAAUGUUCCCCGUCUAUGCCAACACCAUCUCCUACCAGAAGCGCCAAGCCCUCGUGACGUACUUCGAGAACAACAAGUCGGGGAUAACGUUGUUCGGAUUUAUGCUGGACAGAACGUCGCUCCAUACCAUUUUCGCGAUUGAGUUAUCCCUUGCCCUAUGGUUGCUUAACAAGACCAUUGGUACUCUGUAG